UUUGAAGUAUAAAAACAUGUGCCGAUGAUAAAUAAUAAUUUACUUUGAAAUUUUAGAAACAAUUAUCAAAUUAAAUAGCUUUAAAAUUUAAAAAAAAAAGGAAUGGGCAGAAAGAAUAAAAAUAAGCGGGAAAAUAAUAAUGCUUCGGGAGAUCAGCUCAAUGUGGAAGCGCCAAGCAGUAAUUUUAAAGAGAAAAAUGAGAAUAAGAAUACGCAAAAUGAAGUUAAUAUUUCUAAAAAUAAUGAAAAUCCUGGAGUUGAUAACGCUAAAUCAAAUAAUGAAAAUCAAAGAGACUAUCGACGAAAAAGGUAUUCAAAUAAUAGAUAUUGGGCAAAUAACAGAAGAUAUUACAAAAGAAGAUAUAGUGAUAGUAGAUAUCAUGAACACGAAGAUGAAAACGGUAGGGAGGCUAAUGACAAUUUCAGCAAAGCACCUAAUAUGGGUGAAGAAGGUUACAACACACACGCAGAUAAUCGAAAUAAUAAUUUUAGUAGAGACGGAACAUGCAGGCGACCAUAUUCCAGAAAUUGGGAUAACUCUUGGGAAAAUGUUAAUAGAGAUUCGGAAAACCCUUUUCGAUAUGAAAGAAACGAUACUUAUGAAUACAAUAGAAGUUGGAGAAAUAGGCCAAACCCGGAGCAUGAAAAUUGCAAAGAAAAAACACCAACUGAAGAAGAUAAUCAAAAAUCCAGAAAUGAAAGUUCAGAGCACAAAAGUUCGAAAUCUGAAAGCGAAUUCAAUAAGUUAGAAUCCACAUUCGAAACAAAAGGUAAUGAAAUUGGCUCGAACAACUGCAGUAAAACAGAUUUUUCAAAAGAGGUAAAUAAUGAAAUGGAUAAUAUGUCGAAUGAAAAAUUGGGAAAUAAAAACUUAUCGAAGGCAGCCGCACUAAACCAAAAAGUAAAGCUAGAAGAAAAAAAAACAGUUGCAAAGCCUGUUCUACCACUGCCCUCAGUUAAAAUAAAGAAAGAGCCUCACUCUCAUUCUGAUAAAAAUGAAUCUAGCAGCGAUGUCGAUUCUUCUAGUAGCUUAGCAACAUGUAGCAAUGAUGAAUUAAAAAGUACUCACAAAGUUAAAAAGAAUAAGGAACAUAAUUUAAAAACAAAUGAGAAAUGUGAGAAUCUCGUUGAAGAAGAAAUUGUUUACAUGGGAAAAUUGAAAAACUUUGAAAAUUUAAUUGAUGAAGAUGAAAGUUCCAAUGAAGCUAAAAAACAUUGUAUUUUAUGCGAGAAAAAGGGUCACACAUCUUUUCAAUGUUUUAUGGAAUGCAAGAAUUGUGGCGAAAAAUAUCAUAAUUUAAAAAUGUGCCCAAAAUCUGCAAAUUUAAGUGUAAUGUUGCAAAAUUUUAUGGAAUUUUGUUUACAGCAAUGUUAUCAAUAUGAUCCAGAGCAAAAAUUUACGUUUAUUAGAGAUAAUUUAGCGACAGAAUUAAUUCCAGGCUUAAAUCAAACUCGUCUACUUAUUGACAAUAUCAGUAACAGUGGCAGCAUGUUUAAAAAUAGAGGAAAAAGAAAACGGAAAAAGGAAUAUGAAAAUGUAAAUGAAUACGAUAGUGAUUCUGAAAGUAGCUCUUCAUCUGCAAACGUUUCCAAAGUAAAAAAGAAAAAAAAGAAAGAUAAAAUGCAAUACCAAUUACCAUUUUUUCCAAUGACUACGCCUCCUUUUAAUCCAUUAGCAGCAGCUGCAAUGAUGGGUUUCAGUCCAGCUGCUUUUUUGGGAAAGAAAGAUUAAAAUAAAUCCAAUUUGUUUCCAAAAAUAUAUGAAGACGCAUAAAAUUUAUGAAUUCAGUAAUAUGUAAAUAAAAUUUAGAGUCAGUAUAAUAAGAUUUAGUUAUUAGGAGUAAUAAAUAUUUAAAU